GAGUUGCGGCGAGUGCGCGUGCGCCGUCGCCGUCUCAGCGCUCUCUCGUCCUCCCGGUCUGCGAGCGGGUGCGGAGGCGCGGUGCCGGGCGGCUGGGAUGUUCCGAAAGGCCCGGCGGGUGAACGUGCGCAAGCGGAACGACUCGGAAGAGGAGGAGCGGGAGCGCGAUGAGGAGCAGGAGCCGCCGCCGUUGCUGCCGCCACCGGCCUCGGGCGAAGAGCCGGGUCCCGGCGGUGGCGAUCGGGCCCCCGCGGGGGAGUCGCUGCUCGGCCCGGGCCCGCCUCCGCCGCCCUCCGCUCACGCCCCGGGCCUCGGCGCUGAGACCGGGGGCGGCAUCCCCGGCGGCGCGGAGCCCGGCAACGGGCUGAAGCAGCGCAAGAGGCCUCGUGAGAACAAAGAGGUGCCCAGGGCCAGCCUGCUGAGCUUCCAGGACGAGGAGGAAGAAAACGAAGAAGUUUUUAAAGUAAAGAAAUCAAGUUACAGCAAAAAGAUAGUUAAAUUGCUUAAGAAAGAGUAUAAAGAAGACCUUGAAAAAUCAAAGAUCAAGACAGAACUCAACACAGCAGUUGACAGUAAUCCAGGAGAAAUCCCAGAUGCAGCUUUCAUCCAUGCUGCAAGGAAAAAGCGCCAGAUGGCCCGGGAGCUGGGGGAUUUCACCCCUCAUGAUAAUGAGCCUGGUAAAGGCCGCCUUGUCAGAGAGGAUGAGAAUGAUGCCAGCGAUGAUGAAGAUGAUGAUGAGAAACGCCGGAUAGUUUUCUCUGUGAAAGAAAAGUCACAGAGACAGAAGAUCGCCGAAGAAAUAGGCAUUGAGGGGAGUGACGAUGAUGCUUUAGUAACUGGAGAACAAGACGAAGAACUCAGCCGGUGGGAGCAGGAGCAGAUUAGAAAAGGAAUUAAUAUUCCUCAGGUUCAAGCAAGUCAGCCCACUGAAGUGAAUAUGUACUACCAGAACACUUACCAGACAAUGCCUUACGGUGCAUCCUAUGGCAUACCUUAUAGUUACACAGCCUAUGGAUCAUCAGAUGCCAAGUCUCAAAAAUCAGAUAACACAGUCCCUUUCAAAACUCCCAGUAAUGAGAUGGCUCCCGUUACUAUUGAUUUGGUAAAGAAACAGCUUAAAGACAGGUUGGACUCCAUGAAAGAAUUACACAAAGCCAAUCGACAGCAGCAUGAGAAACACCUGCAAAGCCGAGUGGACUCCACCAGGGCUAUUGAGAGAUUAGAAGGGUCUUCUGGGGGUAUUGGUGAACGGUAUAAAUUUUUGCAAGAAAUGCGAGGGUAUGUCCAAGACUUGCUUGAGUGUUUCAGUGAAAAGGUGCCACUGAUUAAUGAACUUGAAUCAGCAAUACAUCAGCUGUACAAACAGCGAGCUUCCCGCCUUGUCCAAAGACGACAAGAUGAUAUUAAAGAUGAAUCUUCGGAGUUUUCAAGCCAUUCAAAUAAAGCUUUGAUGGCACCAAAUCUUGAUUCCUUUGGACGUGAUCGGGCACUGUAUCAAGAACAUGCAAAACGUCGGAUUGCAGAGCGGGAGGCCAGGAGGACUCGCCGUAGGCAAGCCAGAGAGCAAAGCGGUAAGAUGGCAGAUCACCUUGAAGGCCUUUCCAGCGAUGAUGAGGAGACGUCCACAGACAUUACUAAUUUCAACCUGGAGAAAGAUCGCAUCUUGAAAGAAUCCAGCAAAGUUUUUGAAGAUGUCCUUGAGAGUUUCUAUUCAAUUGACUGCAUUAAAGCACAGUUUGAAGCAUGGCGUUCAAAAUACUACACGUCCUAUAAGGAUGCUUACAUUGGUCUCUGUUUGCCAAAACUUUUCAACCCUCUCAUCAGACUGCAGCUCCUCACCUGGACUCCUCUUGAGGCAAAAUGCUGUGACUUUGAAUAUAUGCUCUGGUUUGAGUCUCUGCUAUUCUAUGGCUGUGAAGAACGAGAACAAGAGAAGGACGAUGUUGAUGUUGCUCUGUUGCCCACCAUUGUGGAGAAGGUGAUUCUUCCCAAGCUGACAGUGAUAGCUGAGAACAUGUGGGAUCCUUUUUCUACAACACAGACUUCAAGAAUGGUUGGAAUCACACUAAAAUUAAUAAACGGCUAUCCUUCGGUAGUCAAUGCAGAAAAUAAAAACACACAGGUAUACCUUAAAGCACUUUUAUUGAGGAUGAGAAGAACUUUAGAUGAUGAUGUAUUUAUGCCCUUAUAUCCCAAAAAUGUCUUAGAAAAUAAAAAUUCUGGGCCUUACUUAUUUUUUCAACGACAAUUUUGGUCUUCUGUCAAGCUAUUGGGAAAUUUCCUUCAGUGGUAUGGCAUUUUCUCAAACAAAACUCUUCAGGAGUUGUCAAUAGAUGGCUUGUUAAAUAGAUACAUUCUCAUGGCUUUUCAGAAUUCAGAAUAUGGAGAUGACAGCAUCAAAAAAGCCCAAAAUGUAAUCAACUGUUUCCCUAAGCAGUGGUUUGUGAAUCUGAAAGGAGAAAGAACCAUUUCUCAGUUAGAAAAUUUUUGCCGAUAUCUUGUACAUUUAGCAGAUACAAUUUACAGGAAUAGUAUUGGGUGCUCUGAUGUGGAAAAAAGAAAUGCAAGGUAAUUUAUUUUUUUCAAU